CAGUUUUUCUGUCCAUUCUCACUUUACCUGUCAAUUCUCAGUUUGGUUACACCUUUAAAAUGGCAUCAAAAGUAAUAAAUUCUGACCAUAGAAAAAAAGAAACAGUUUUAAACUUGCAAAAAUAUAUGGAAAAGGCAAUACGUGUUAAAUUUAACGGUGGUCGAGAAGUCUCUGGUAUAUUGAAAGGAUAUGAUGCUUUAUUAAAUAUUGUAUUAGAUGGUACUACUGAAUAUUUAAGAGAUCCUGACGAUCCUUUAAAAAUAACUGAAGACACUCGUCCUUUAGGUCUAGUAGUUUGUAGAGGAACCACAGUUGUUUUAAUAUGUCCUGUAGAUGGCAUGGAAGAAAUUCCUAAUCCCUUUAUACAUCAAUCUUAACCACCUUUAAUUGAAUAUUUAUGUUGUAGAAUUGUUUUCUAAAAAAUAUUGUUAAUAUUAUAUAUUAGUAUAAAAAUAUUUAAUCCA